AUGCUUGAUGAUACACCUGGUAGCGUUAGUUUGACUUCAGACUUGUGGACUUCUGUCACUGCUGAUGGGUAUAUAUGUCUUACUGCUCAUUUUAUUGAUAGAAAUUGGGUUUUGCAAAAAAGAAUCUUGAAUUUUUCUUAUAUGCCACCUCCACAUUAUGGUAUUGCAUUAAGUGAAAAGGUCUAUGGAUUACUAGCUGAUUGGGAAAUUGAAAGUAAGUUGUUUGUUGUGACAUUGGAUAAUGCUUCUGCCAAUGAUACUUUUGUUGAUUAUUUACAGUUGCACUUGAAUGCAAGAAAUGUACUUUUAGAUGAUGGUAAAUACUUUCAUCUUAGAUAUUGUGCUCAUAUUCUCAAUUUGAUUGUGCAAGAGGGGUUGAAGGAAGUUGAUAAUGAUGUUAAAAAAGUGAGGGAAAGCGUUAAAUAUGUGAAAGGUUCUCAAAGGUUUAAGGCAAGAUGUUCUGAUUCAAAUUAUAAGCGUUGUCCAUCUAAAGAUGAGUGGGAUAGAAUUGAGAAGCUAAGCAAGUUCUUAGGAGUUUUUUAUGAGAUUACUUGUGUGUUUUCUGGAACCAAGUAUCCAACAGCGAACUUGUAUUUUCCUACUAUAUUCAAGGCACGCUUAACUUUAGAAGAACAAAAGAAUGGGGAUGAUUUGUGUAUGAGAAAUAUGGUUGUCCAAAUGUUUGCUAAAUUUGAGAAGUAUUGGUUUGCAUUUAGCUUGAUUUUAGCUAUAGCUGUGAUAUUGGAUCCUCAUUACAAGAUUCAUUUUGUUGAUUGGAGUUACAAAAAGCUAUAUGGGCAUGAUUCUAUGGAGUUUAAAAAAGUUAAGGAGAGCUUAUUUUCUCUCUACAAUGAAUAUGCUCACAAGAUUUCUCCUAGACAGGUUUCAUCAAAUUAUAUGAAUCUUGGCAAUGAGUCAGUUGGCACAGGGAAUAAUGAAGAUGAUUUUGAGGAGUUAUUUUAA